AUGGCCCCUGGCCACUGGCCACAAGGCCAAUGGUAUGGUGGCUUUGACAGUGCUGUUCACUGCGAAUGCAACUGCCAAGAAGCUGCUGCUGCCUGCUACUGUCCAAAUCUCAUCUCCAACGUCUUACCAUCAUUCUCUGUAGUCCAUACAAACUCUCGGGAUUCUCCAACCAAGAAGAAGGCCCACAACAAAAAGCAGCCGAAGAGAUGGUUCCUCUCUCCCUCUCAAGAACUCCCCGCCACUUCCUUGCUUUCUUGCCAUGGCGAUCGUCUCGGCCACGCUCCACCACCACCACCACCACCAAUCGCCCUCCUCCCGUCUUGUCAAUCACCACCGCCGACAGCGGGAGGGGGAGCUGCCCUUUCUUCAAGUUCCCUCAUUUCGCUUUCUUCCUCCGCAAGGAUCCAACCGUGUGCGUCGUCGCGGCUCGCUUGUGGGGAUGGCCACUCGGGGGAUAAGAGUCCCCGUCUGGAGAAGUUGUGCUCGGGAGUCAAAAGCAAUUCUGGGUUCGCUUCCGGGUUCUUGCAAAUGGGUGACGAGAAAACGUGCUCGGACCGAUCACUCUUGGUGAAGUCGGCGGGUGCAGAGAGUGGUGGCACUUCCACCACAAUCUCUCAAAAGGCCCUUGGGGUGGUCCAUUUGGUUGUCUCGCUGGGGAUAAUCCUUGCGAUGGAUAAAUAUUUGAAGAAUGCGUUUGUCGCGGCGGCGAUUAAGUUCCCGAGUGCUCUGUUCGGGAUGUUCUGCAUAUUCUCCGUUCUGGUGAUUCUCGAUUCGACGGUGCCCGCCAUGGCUGCCGGUUUGAUGAGCUUCUUCGAGCCUGCGCUUCUGUUCAUACAAAGGUGGCUCCCGCUGUUUUAUGUUCCGUCCCUGGUGGUUUUGCCUCUUGCUGUUAAGGACAUACCUGCGGCUUCGGGGCUCAAGAUUUGCUUUAUAUUGGUUGGAGGAUGGUUGGCUUCACUUUCUGUGGCUGGUUAUACUGCGAUUACAGUGAGAAAACUUGUUAAGACAGAGAUGACGGAUGCUGAGCCAAUGGCAAAACCAUCGCCAUUUUCGUCACUUGAAUUGUGGACUUGGAGUGGUAUUUUUGUUAUAUCAUUCAUUUCAGCAUUUUUGUACCCAACUUCUCUUGGAACCGAUGCCAGAACAUGCCUUCCAUUCCUCCUGGCAUCCACCGUGAUAGGCUACAUGGUCGGUUCUGGGUUGCCAUCUGGUGUGAAGAAAAUUUUCCAUCCAAUUAUCUGCUGUGCAUUGUCGGCAGACCUGGCAGCAUUUGCAUUUGGGUACCUUUCAAAGUCUGGAUUGAAUCCUGUCCUAGGAUAUUACCUUACGAAGGCAUCUGCCAAUCCUGGAGCUGGUGAUAUUCUAAUGGGAUUCUUGGGAUCUGUUAUUCUCUCCUUCGCAUUCUCCAUGUUCAAGCAGAGAAAGCUUGUAAAGAGACAUGCAGCUGAAAUUUUCACGUCAGUCAUCGUUGCAACAAUCUUCUCUUUGUACUCAACUGCUUUGGUAGGACGUCUUGUUGGACUGGAACCAACUUUGACAGUGUCGAUUCUGCCUCGUUGUAUUACUGUGGCAUUGGCCCUCAGCAUCGUGUCUCUAUUUGAAGGUGCCAAUUCAUCUCUUACAGCUGCUGUGGUUGUGGUAACUGGUUUAGUUGGAGCAAACUUCGUGCAAGCAAUGCUGGAUAGACUUAAAUUCCGUGAUCCUAUUGCCCGAGGAAUAGCUACCGCAUCAAGUGCCCAUGGAUUGGGAACAGCAGCAUUGUCGGCGAAAGAACCAGAGGCCCUCCCUUUCUGCGCCAUCGCCUAUGCUCUCACCGGCAUCUUCGGCUCCUUGAUCUGCUCGGUUCCCGCCGUCAGGCAGAGCCUGCUUGCCAUAGUCGGCUGAGGACUACAAGCAGUAUCGAUUCGCUCUGACCAUGCAUUCUGUUGGCCUUUUUAACCAGUUCCAUCGGUUUUCUACACUAGAAGGUGUACAGAGUUCAGCAAGAGUCCCUUUCCAGGAUUGCCUCCAUUUUUUUUGUAAAACUGGGUCAGUCCAGUAGCUGGAGAUGACUUGCAUUGCCAGCAGGACUCUCUCUGUCUAGUGUCCAGCAUCUUUCUGUUCUAUGUAAAUGAGAAAAAGUUGCAGAAUCGACAUCAGUUGUUAUUGAUGAUACUGUCAGCGUCUGUAAUGUAGGGUAAGCUACGACAGGGAAAUAAAUAUUGGCAAAAAAAAACGAAAAGAAAAAUUGAGUACGAACAUCCGGCAUUUAAUGA